AUGGCGCACAUCCACGACCUCGCCGCCUCCCUCGCCCCCAACUACACGGCCAACCGCCUCACCACCCCGACACCCACGCGCUUCCCACGCACCCCGACCUUCGCCUCCAUGAACAAGCCCUGCCGCUUCGAAGGCACCGUCGACGACCUCGAAGUCACCGGCACCAUCCCCGCCGACCUCGACGGCACCUUCUUCCGCGUGCAGCCCGACCACCGCUUCCCGCCGCUCUUCGAGGACGACAUCCACUUCAACGGCGACGGUGCGGUAACUGCGGUGCGGAUUGAGAAUGGUCGGGCGGCUCUGCGGCAGAGGUAUGUCCGUACGGAUAGGUUUGAGAAGGAGGCGCGGGCGGGAAGGAGCUUGUUUGGACGGUAUCGGAAUCCGUGGACGGAUAAUGAGAGUGUCAAGGGGGUGAUUAGGACGGCGAGUAAUACGAAUGUGGUGUUUUGGAGGGGGGUGUUGUUGGCGAUGAAGGAGGAUGGUCCGCCGUUUGCGAUGGAUCCGGUCACGUUGGAGACGCUGGGAAGGUAUGAUUUUGAGGGGCAGAUUGUGAGCCCGACGUUUACGGCGCAUCCGAAGGUGGAUCCGCGGACGGGCGAGAUGGUGUGUUUUGCGUAUGAGGCGGGUGGGGAUGGGUCGGAUUGUAGUGUGGAUGUGGCGGUGUGGACGGUGAAUGGGGAUGGGAGGAAGGUGGAGGAGUGCUGGUAUAAGGCGCCGUUUGCGGGCAUGAUUCAUGAUUGUGGGAUUAGUGAGAAUUGGGUUGUGUUGGCGUUGACGCCGAUCAAGAUGAACUUGGAGAGGAUGAAGAGGGGUGGGAAUAAGUUUGCGUGGGAUCCGAACGAGGAUCAGUGGUAUGGUGUUGUUCCGAGACGGGGGGCGAAGAGUGAGGAUAUCAUCUGGUUUAGGGCUGACAACGCCUUCCACGGCCAUGUUGCGGGCUGUUACGAGCUGCCAUCGGGAGAGAUCGUGUUCGAUUUGACAGUCGCCGAUGGCAACGUCUUCUUCUUCUUCCCGCCCGACGACAACAUAACGCCCCCCGACGGCAUCGCUAAGCGCAACAAACUGUCCUCGCCCACGACCCGCUGGAUCUUUGACCCCAAGGCCAAAAAGUCCGCCAUUCGCACUCUAGACGCCAGGGAUGCCGAUGUUUGGGUUGCGGACGAGCGAGUGAAGCCAACGCUUACUUGGCUCACCAACGGCGAGUUCUCGCGCAUCGAUGAACGUUACAACACAAAGCCGUACCGCCAUUUCUGGCAAGCUGUCGUGGAUCCGACCAAACCCUACGACUUUGCCGCAUGCGGCCCUCCGGCGGGUGGGUUAUUCAACUGCCUUGGUCAUUACACCUGGUCUGGGAAAAACUAUCACACGGGAGAGUCAACAGAGAAUGGUGCUUCCGGAGAAGGUGAGGGGGACGGGAAAUUUGGUUUGGAAGACGUCUACUUCUCCGGCCCGACCAUGACGUUUCAAGAACCCACCUUUAUCCCUCGCGAAGGAGGAGCCGAGGGUGAAGGGUAUCUCAUUGCGCUGCUCAACCAUCUCGACCAAUUACGCAACGAUGUUGUCAUUUUUGACGCGCAGAAUCUGGCCAAAGGGCCGGUAGCGGUGAUUCACCUGCCCCUGAAAUUGAAGUUGGGGCUACAUGGAAACUGGGUCGACCAUAGAGACAUCGACGCAUGGCAGAAGAGGCGAUCUGAGGAUGGAGAUAUUGGGCCGGUGCAAGUCGCAAAGGAACCGCUACCAUGGCAGAAGAAGCUGGCUGAGCAGAAGGGAGAAACUGGUUUGUGA